AUGUGCAGGAGCAAGAGUUUGCUCCUGGCUGCUUUGAUGUCAGUGUUGUUCCUCCAUCUCUGCAGCAAGUCAGAAGCAGCAAGCAACUUUGAUUGCUGUCUUCGAUAUACAGAACAUGUCCUUCAUCCCAAAUUUAUCACGGGCUUCACACAGCAGCUGGCCAAUGAAGCUUGCGACAUCAAUGCUGUCAUCUUUUACACAAAGAAAAGAUUGGCUGUGUGUGCAGAUCCAAAGAAGAAGUGGGUGAAAAAGGCUGUGCAUAUCCUCAGCCACAGAGUCAAGAAGAUGUAAAACGGAUGCUCUCUGGAAUGGAAUUGGACAGAGCCCAUGAACAAAAAGAAUCUA